GCUCACUGGGCUGCUGUCACAGAGUCACGGGAAACAGUGGGGUUUAGCUAGAGAGGGGGCUAGAAUGAUUGAGCACAUCAUCCUGCCCACAUAUUUACUUUGGGAAUAAAGGCAGAUGAACCUUGGGAUUAUUGCCAGAGCCACGUAAGGCUCAUGGCAGCUGGGGGUCAAGUUGGUUUCGGUUCUUGUGCUGGAGGAGACAAAAGGAUUCCAGUUUCCAUGAUCUGGUUGUCCAUGUUGUGAGCUCAGUGCCAGCCAAAUCUCUGGUCCUUCUGUGCUUCUCCGUACCCCUGAAGAAACAGCGAUGUCGUUACAACCGGUGCCCGCUCCGCGAUGUCCUCGCUGGGAUUUCCGCGGAAGCCGCCACGGGCCCCACAGCGCCCGGUUGGGGCCCCCCCGGGGGUCGGUGCCCUUCCCCGCCCGGUCGCUCCCUCUCCGUUACCGGCUCCUCCCGCCGCGUGCCCCGGUCCCGCCCGGCGGCCGGGGAAAGGCGGGGCGGGGGCGGUGCGGAGCCGGGCCAUGCCGGGCGGCGCGGCCGGGCUGCGGCUGGUGCUGAGCGGAGCGGCCCACUGGGGCCGGGCCGCCAUGGUCUCGUCAGCGCCUACAUGUCCAGGCCAGUCUUCGCAGUCUCGCUGGCUGACGGCGGAGGAGAGGAACCAAGUCUUGCUUGAUCUCAAAGCUUCAGGCUGGUCUGAGUUAGGCGAAAGAGAUGCCAUCUACAAAGAGUUCAAUUUCAAAAAUUUUAAUCAGGCUUUCGGAUUUAUGACGCGCGUUGCUCUGCAAGCAGAGAAGAUGAAUCACCACCCGGAAUGGUUUAAUGUCUACAGCAAGGUUCAGAUAACUCUGAUUUCCCACGACUGCGGAGGACUGACCAAAAGAGAUGUGAAACUGGCUCAGUUUAUUGACAAAGCUGCUGCCUCGGUGUAGCAAAGAUGUAAAACGUUUUAAUACAGUGUCCAGCAACAUUUUGUAUUUAAGUGGUAUCCCUCAUUCCUUGUAACCCUGAGUUCACAAAACCCCUGAGACAAGAUAUUUUGUAGAAAGAGUAGCUUGGCUUGCUUUGCCUCUGAGACCCCUCUGGGUGCCCGUGCGUGUCCUUUGCCAUUGCUGGCUCUGCGUGAGGAUGUAGCAGAUAAACCAGCAAGAAAUUGGUUUUGAACAAUCCUUUUCUAGGAACUAAAAGAAGCUGGAAUGAAAGCACCAUCCCUGGAAACAUUCAAGGUCAGGUUGGACAGGGCUUUGAACAACCUGAUCUAGUUGAAGAUGUCCCUGCUCAUGGCAGGGGGUUGGACUAGAUGACCUUUAAAGGUCCCUUCCAACCCAACACAUUCUGUGAUUCUAUGGAAGCAGGAGCCCACCCGCACGUGUUGGUGUUCCCCAAGCCCAUGGGAGCUGAGGCUGGUGGCAGUGGCCACACGAGCCUGUCCCCAUGCCCAACCGUUUCCCUCCUAUAGAUUUGUACAUCUCUGCACUUCAGACAGUGUGAGAGCAGCCAGGCCGGGUCAGUGCCCUCCUUGGCACCUCCAUCUCUGCCAGGGACUGGUGGCAAGCGCCAGGGAUGCUGGUAAGAGCAGCCCAAGCUGCUGCUGAUGUUUCCUUGGAGUGGCAGCUCAACCAGCAACUGCAGCUCUACGUUUCGGUGUUUAUUCUGUGCUUGUCCGAUGGCUCUUCAAACCCAUCUGCCCUUUUGGCACCCGCAGCCUCGCAGCUAUAUCCGCCAAGAGUCUUCUGCGUGCUUGAGAACCGUUCCCCAGCUGAGGUGCAGGACCGCAUCCUGCAGUUGCAGAAAACUUUAGCUCUACAAAAAAAAUCCCGGUGAGCUCCCAGCACUCAUGGCAUUAAAUGAAGCGUGUGCUUAGGGCCAGGUCAGUGCUCAGCACCUUGCAGGAUGGAGCCAUUCCUUGUGUUAUAACGCUCCCAUACCUGACGGCUUGGAGGGGGGGAGCCUGGCUGGGCGCCCGGGGCCCCGGCGGGAGCUGCCGGCAGUGGAGGAAGCGGCAUUAGCAAGAUUCUUGCUAAGCUGGGCUCGGCUGAAGCUAUGCUCACCCUAUUUUUUUUUUUUGCAUCUGCAAUUACUCAUUGCGAACAUUGUUCCAAGAGCUGCAGAUCUCACUGACGAGCUUUAAAAUAAUUUCUUCCACGGUUUCAAAGUCUUUGUUUUUAUCCUAUGAUCCUCCCCGAGACAGAUUUCCACUGCCGGCAGGGAGAUUUUCAACCUGCUUAAGGCUUGCAGAAGGGCCUCUCGCUCUGCAAUCCCGCUGCCGAGUGUCCCCAGCGUGCACCGUCAUGCCCUGCCGGGUGCCGAGCUCCCAGGAGAUUGACACCUCCGAAAUGCCGGAGCGCAUUGCUCGAAUGACACCAGCGGCACAGCCACCAGCUACCGAGAAGUGAAAUACACCAGUGCCAAAAUCUAUAUCGGGUGUAUACGCGAGGUGUGUGGUCUCUCAGAUAUUCGGGAUGCAAAAUGCCCCUGGCUGCCGCGCAAGGAUUCGUGUGGAUAAAAUAAGAAAGGUAUUUUUUGUUAAUCCUUAGCAAGUGCGCUGUCAUGUGCUAAUUGGUCGCAGGAAGCAAGAUGUAAGAUGUUGGGGUUUAUUGUCAGUAACCCUGCUUGGGAUAUUGAGUUCAUACCUCAAAAAAACCAAAUUCAGACUACGUGCUCAAAUGUUCUUUGCUUACGAGUGCCCUUCCCCAGCGAAGCGGCGGAUUUCCCCGAUAUGGUUUGAAAACGGUCACUGUUGAGAGGAAUGAAUAGAACUAAAACAAACAACCGGGCCGUGAAGUCUCCUGUUACUGGUGGGGAAAUGAGACGAGCUUCGCCCAAAGUUUUGACAAUGUCUCCAAUGAACUGGAAAACUCUGUUGUUAGAAAUUGCUAUAUAAUGCGUGCGCUUUGAAUAAAACCAAUGAAAUCAAA